AAGUUUUUAAUGACAAGAAAAUUGAUUAUAUAAUGACGUUGGAUGUAAAUUGUACUCGUCCUAUGCACUCAUUGGGUUUAAACUCUGUAACUUCACGACUACUUUCUUUGUUCUGUAGGCCGAGAAGGUGGUUCAGUAAUAAAUUAUAAUGUGUAUGUUCUAGUGUAAGACAAUAAAAAUUGGGUCUAGUUUUUCUUAAUUCAAAUUUAGCAUAUUAUGAAGAAAUUUUUUGGUAGGAAAAUUGGAAUAUACUCCCGAAAAUAUUUACAUAAUUGUCGUUCUGCCUUCUUUGUUAAUUUGUGAAACUUGUUCUGGAAAUAAUGCGUACAAAAGUUUGGUGUGUUCAAGAAUCUUCCAUCAAUAGAUAUGGGAUAAUUUUUCUGUGAUUACAUCUACGAGUAUAAAUAAAUAUUUAUUUAUGUACCUACGUAUAUGAGCAAUGUGGCAUCAGGUUUUCUUACCGAGAUGCUAUAAGGCGAUUGAUAUUAUUAAUACUCCAGCCUGGAGUCUCCAGGUCGAUCUUCAAUAAAUAUGACUGAUGCACCCAGUGACCAGUGUUUAUGUAAUCAUACUAACCAUUAUUUACUCCAAAUACUAUAUAACUACUUAAUACAGGUAGUACAACAUUAUUGAGUUUGAUAUACAUAUUUGACAUAUAUCAAACUUGCACAUAAAUCCACAUCUUGUAAUUAUUACCGAAUUUUAUGGGCUCGUAAAAUUUUAGUCAUCCCAGGAAGGAGGUAAAUAGUAAAUAAAAUUAAAACAAUAAUUGGCGAGCAGGUAUUACGUAUACGUCUCACAGUCACAUCUGGCGUUGCUUCGUUGCACAAUUCCUUACGCAAAGUUUAUAAGUCCUGGAAUUUUGGGGAGUUGAAAUUGCGUGUGCUGAAUGCAUUUUAAUUUCUCUUUAGGAGGAAAAUUGUUCAGAAUAAGAUUUACUCUUAAAAAAUUCAUGUCAAUUUUCGUGUUAAUUUUGCUCACUAGAACCAUCUGUGUUUAAGUGUAGUCGUUGAGUAUUAAACACGCAAUUUUCAUUUUGGCUGUGUUACGAUUGGGAAUGUCGAUGAAAAUAUCUGAAUACUUGGAGGAUUUUUAUGUCAAUGCAUUAUGUACAUACGUAUAAGACGGUACGUACAUACUGGAUAGGUAUACCCUUCGCUAAAGUGACCCCCCGGGGGUCAGUAACCGAUUUCGAUGUCCUUCGGGCAUGUGGUAGUCUCCAAUCAGUGUACUGAAACCCGAAGUGUUUUGACUCUAAGCUCCGAUUUUAUCCAUUUCAAAAAUUAAUUUCAUUAUACAUAGCUAAAAUGUAUAAUUUUUGGAAAAUUCAGUUAAAAAGCUGUGUAUCUCUUUAUGCUCAAUAUAUUUGGUGCGCUACAUAAUUAAAUGAUGUCUGACCAAACAAAACUCCGCUAUUUUAUAAAAUUAUCUAAAAUCAAUUUGCGUCAUGAUUUGUUUUUGUUUUUCAUUUAUUUUUACGCGUCACCAACAAAGAAGUUUCCAAAUAAAGCACUCUCUCGUACAGUCAACAGUAUAUGUAUGUACAUAUCUACAUACAUAUGUGUAUAGGUACAUGUUAAUCUUUAAUUGGCGUUUGUUGCACUUGCACGCAUCAGAUACAACGAGAUACGAGAUGAUCUGCAUCGCUUCCUUCCUUCCCUUCUAAACAUCAGCAACAUUGUUGUAACCUUCAUUUGAUGAUCUGUAUGUAGGUUCCUCAUUUUGGCAUAAUUUGUAUGCGUUGGUAUCAGAUUAAUUGCAGUUUACUUACUAAAUUGUUAUUUUGCUAUAUGAAAACAAAGAUGGAAACAAAGCGAGUGUGAUAUGGCAAUACAGACAUGUGAAUCUCUUACUUAGGGUUAGUACAGGCUAAAUCUGAUGAAAAAUAAACCUAUGUACAAGGAAGUGAAUUAAAUGUCUACUUACUUAGCUUAAUAUAUGCGGGUAUUGCGGAUUAUGUUAAUUAAACGCAUUUCGAAUUUACAUAUUAGUUGAUGCUGCUUCGUGUAAGUAAAACACUGCAUAUUCUGCCUGAUUAUAUUUUGCAUACCGUCUUCAAUCCAGCCAAAAGUUAAAGCAUUUAAAAAAACGACAUACCGAUUGCAAUACCUUUCUCAUAUAAAUAUGUGCGCACAAUUGGCUGGGAAUAAUUUGUAGAUAUUUGAUUAUGCAUAUUCGGUAAUUCCACAUUUUUGUAUUCGGAUACGAAACCAACAAACUCUUAACUUGUUCUAUUUUAACUGAAUAGAAAAAAAAUUAGUAAGAAAGAAUAUCUAUGAACCUUUUUCAUACGGUUCAUAUUUUCUCAUCAGAUGUAUAUUUAUUACGACAUCAUUAAUCUAAAUCAUGAGAACUUUUUCUAAUUCGGAAUUCCCCUAAACAACUUAGCACCAUACUCCCCAAAAUCAUAAUUAAGGAAACUAUUUGCAUACUUUUAUUCAGUAAUAAUUAUUGCGUGUGAAAUUUAGUAGAAAUUUUACAAUUUGCACAUUCCGUGAUCCAUUUAAAGUGCACACCAUAAAGAUUUAUCUAUUUGAUAGAAUGCAUAUUCCAAACGUCAACGAUAAUAAAAUAAACUAAACGGAGAUGUGCCAUAAACGAAACCAAUUUCUUUUAUGCGGGUCCAGUCCUUCGAAGAAAGCCAUGAAUUGAAGAAGCAUAGUUUUCGAAGAUUUGAAAUUUAAUACCACGAAUUAACUAUUUCGUACCUCAAAUAUAGUUGUAGGCGAAAAUGAGUAGUAUGCAAUCACUUGAAAAUACAAUUCUUCGAUUGGGAGAUCAGUCCGGUAUUUAUUCUGACGAAGAAGAACAAGCCAUCUCGGCGAUUUAUGACAAAAUUGACACCGAUCCAGAUUUACAAAGCUGGAGAAAAUAUAUGCCCAAGAGCAUUGUGAUUGUGGUACUUCGCAUAUACAAAAUGGAUGUUGAUGUGCUGUACGAAACCGUAAGCAAAAAAUAUACAUUUUACUUUAUUGAAUCUGGAAAAAUAAAAGUAUGGAUGAUCUCGCAGGUUAAAUCCCUUUCUACGGUGGCAUUAAAAACCUAUCCUGACCUUCUUGCACGCAUUAAUCCAACCAGAUUGCAAUCCAUCUCGAAUAGUAAAGUUUUUCAAAUUUUGAAAAGACCUGUCGACGAAGGACCAGCUGUCAUAAUUUUCAGAAUUAAUCGUUGGAUACCUUGUGAAGCGAAUUUGGAGGAACUGGUCUCAGUAUCCACUCUAUAUUUCCUCACGGCAGCCAAAUCGUCGCCAAAAUUACAAAGACAAGGAUUCAUCCUGAUUUGCGAUGUGGCAGGGUUCCGGUUACGUCAUGCGCGACAUUUGACAACGAUUGACUUACUGUCAAAAAUUGCAACUGUCCUGAGUGCAAUUUCCACAAAAAUGGUCAAGGGUGUCGUCGUGAUCAAUAGCUUUGCAUUUUUCUAUCACACAUUUAACAUGUUCAAAUGGGUGUUGCCUUCCAGGAUGAAGAACAUUAUCCAAAUUACGAAAUCCGACAUGUCCCACAUCACCAAGUUGAUCCCUCCAGAAAGGCUUCCUGUAGAAUUGGGAGGAGUCGUCGAAAGCAUGGCGUAUGACGAAACCAUUUCAAAAGAACUAUUCUCUGACGUAAACCUGAUUCCUACUUUAAGUUACUUGUUAAAUGAAGUUCUUAUAACUAGCGGAUACAGAAGAAGGAGACGAAGUAGUGUUAAAUAAAUUGUCUUAAAAUGUUGUAGAUAAUUGCAAUAUGUAUAAAUACUCAAGAUACUUGCAUGCAGUAUAUUUCAAGUUAUUAAAAUGACAAACUAUAUAGUUCUAUGAA